AUGGUCUCCGCCAUCCUCGCAAACGCUUCGCGCCAGGCUGCGCGCACCUCGGUGCCCCGCGGUGUCCGCAUGGUCCACUUUGAGAACACCAUUGAUACUGCCGUCCCGUUCAAAUCUGGACCCAAGUACAAGGCCCGUCUCGCGGUCGGCAUCACCACUUUCCUCAUCUCGGGCUUCUCGCUCCCCUUCGUCGCUGCUGCUUGGCAGAGGUACAAGCAGUAG